CGUAAUAUCUCUGCCUAUCCUCCGUCCAUCUCUCUCCAUCACACUCUCUCUAUAUUUUUGUCGCACUCUUUCAAUUAAUCUUUUCGAGAGCAAGUAAGCCGAGCAAGUGAGCGAGGCGUGUUUGAGUCGCAGUUGUCGUUCAUUAGAAAACAAUAAUAAGAAUAAUAAUAAGCAUCGGCAAACAAUUGAAAGUGAACAGCGUAAAAUGCUGGAUGUGAUCGCGCUAAUUCUGAUUACACUGGCCAUCGGGUUCUGGUACGUGCGCACCCGUCUCAGCUAUUGGGUGCGGCGCCAGAUCAGCCAUGAGCAACCCACAUUUCCCAUGGGCAAUUUUCGCGGUUUUCGCAACACGGUUCACUUCAAGGACAUUCUGACGCCGCUCUACGAACGCUUCAAGUCGACGGGAUCACCGUUUGCAGGCAUAUAUUUUAUGCUGAGACCUGUGGUGCUAGUGUUGGAUCUGGAGCUGGCCAAAGAGGUGCUGAUCAGGGAUUUUGCCAACUUUGAGGAUCGCGGCAUGUAUCACAAUGAACGAGAUGAUCCGCUCACCGGCCAUCUAUUUCGCAUCGAUGGACCCAAAUGGAGACCGCUGCGUCAGAAAAUGACGCCCACCUUCAGCUCCGGCAAGAUGAAGUUUAUGUUUCCCAUUGUUUGUGCUGUGGGCAAGGAACUUGCUCAGAUCUGUGCGGAGCAGUCGCAGAAUUCGAUUUGUGGCAUUUUGGAAGUGAGUGAUUUGAUGUCCAGAUACACCUCAGACGUGAUUGGCAGCUGUGCCUUCGGUCUGGACUGCAAUGGACUACGCAAUCCGGAGGCUGAGUUUCGCACAAUGGGCAGACGAGCGUUGACCGAGCGACAUCACAACAAACUCAUCGAUGGCUUCAUUGAGAGCUUUCCGCAUUGGGCACGACGACUGCGCCUCCGUCAGGUCCAUCCAGACAUUACGAAAUUCUACCAACGCAUUGUCCGGGACACGGUUAAGGAGCGCGAGUCGCAAAGAAUUGUGCGCAACGAUUUCAUGAAUCUGCUGAUCGAGAUGAAGCAACGAGGCGAGCUCACCCUGCCGGAGAUGGCCGCCCAGUCGUUCAUAUUCUUUGUCGCCGGUUUCGAUACCUCAGCAUCGACCCUAACCUUUGCCCUCUACGAACUGGCCAAGCAGCCGCAAAUCCAGCACAAGCUCAGGCAAGAAAUCCAGGAGUCCCUUGAAAAGCACGAAGGUCAAUUCACAUACGAAUGCAUGCAGGAGCUGCGCUACAUGGAGCUAGUCAUUGCAGAGACACUUCGAAAAUAUCCCAUUCUACCGCAUCUUUCGCGCAUCUGUCGUAAUUAUUAUGCGGCCAAGGGCAAUCGCCACUUUUACAUAGAACCCGGCCAGAUGCUGCUGAUACCCGUUUAUGGCUUUCAUCAUGAUCCCGAAUUAUAUCCAGAGCCACACAAAUUUAUACCGGAGCGUUUCAUGGCCGAUCAGAUGGCAGAACGGCCCACAGCAUCAUGGCUGCCCUUUGGCGAUGGGCCGCGCAACUGCAUCGGGAUGCGAUUCGGCAAGAUGCAGACCAGUAUUGCAUUGUUUCAUCUACUGCAACGCUUUCAGUUCAGCGUCUGUCCGCGAACCGUAUCCAAAAUUGACUUUGUUAAGUCCAACAUUCUGCUGAGUCCGUCCAGUAGUAUAUAUCUCAAGGUUGAAGAACUACAAAAUAUAUAAUAUUAUCAAAAUACGGGAUAUUGAGUUCUUCAAUCAUUAUAAGGGUAAUCAACUCACAUUUAAUACUUAUCACAGUUAUAUAUUAAACACUUACUAAAUAUCAAAUAAACUUGCUUUAAUAUAAUUUUAUUAUUUUAAGUUCGGUGUGUUAUUGUAAAUGAAUU